AUUCGUGGCGUUUGCUAGCAGGAGGGGCAGAACAAGAUCGCAAUGCUCAGUGGCCAGUACAAGAACUCGAACGAAGAAACGCGCACGGAAUCAGGUAAGCGCGACCACCACUUCUGGUUUCGUCAAGCUAAUGUACGAACACUGCGGAAUCGAUGCCGUCUCCAAAACGACGAUCAGGAUUCAGUACAUCAAGAGAAGAGCUGCCACGUUCCCUCGUCCUUGCCUUCCUCAUCGCAGUGCCCAGAGACUUGGAAUACUCGCCCUAUCCCGUCCUCUGACACUGAGCCUUCACAAUCAAGUGCAAUCACACGUCAGCCUGCAUACGUUGACCCAAGCCUUGAGGGUGAAGCUGACCCAGGAAAAAUUAACCUCUCCGCAUGGUCCAACGACGCUCCGCCGUCGUCGCUGCGAAGUCCUGAAGCCAUAAGAUAUCCUGAGGAUGACUGCAAUGGUUACCUCAGCGGGCCUGGAAGCAGCAGACUCACGUGCUGGAUCUGCCAUGAAUGCGACGAUGAGGACCCACUCGUGUCCCCCUGCAGCUGCUCUGGCACCAUGGGCUUGGUGCAUGUGUGCUGCCUGGUGCACUGGGUGAACGAUCAGAACGUUGACUGCUGCGAGAUCUGCGGUCAGCGUUUCCACAUGUCGGCCCCACCCAAAAGUGCGCCCCGGUUCUUCCACUAUGUUUGGCAAAGCGAGGGGCGGCUGCGACGAGCGUUGCUGAGCGACCUGUUUUACUUGGCAGUAUUUGCAUCAGCCAUAGUCUUCUCCUUGGUCAUGCUGGUGGCAGCGUUGGGAGCGAUUCAGUCGAAGGGUGUCGUCUGGCCAAUCGCUAUCCUGGUUUUCUUAAGCAGCGCCUUCCUUUCGUAUUGCUUGGAAUGUUCUUUCCAGAGGCUACGCUGUCGGUACCAUUUGUUCUCGAUGUGGCACUUUGCAAACCCAGUGCGCCGAUUCGAGAUGGAGCCUUCGGUCCGAGAAGUCAGUGUUGGCCAGACCGAACGUAUCGAAGUGCGGGCAGCUGGAGAGCCAUCGACGUCCGGUGGUCGUCGUCGUCGCCACUAGCAUCAACAGGCGGGCAUAUCUUAUGGCUACGAAAGAGUGUGAAGAUAGAGGUGGCUAAUAAAUGUGGUUAGAGCCGCUGCCAAAACUGCUUUCCCAGAAGACCUCCCAUGCAAGCCUACGGACUGUAUAAGACCAGCUACGGCGAAUUUUGCGGACUGUACAGAGGUAGCGUUGUAGUCUUCGAAGUGUCCUUCAUGCUACCAGAUCAUUUUAACGCUUGAAUUUUUUUGAUGGCGAGCUAUCUACUGUGCAAUAUUUUUCUACAUAUAGGCUCUAUACUCACCAGCGUCGUAUGCCGAUAGUGUUAUCAUAGCAUUUCUAAUACUUAACCGUCGUCGAAAUAAAAUCCUGAUUUCAUGUAUCAUAAAAUGUUCAACGUACGGAAAGAAAUUCUUUUACCUGGAAUUUUUUAAGAGUUAAUACUAAUGUCGUUCAUAUACAGAUAUAGUGAGCCGAAGAAAAAAAGCGAUGGGUGUUAGGAAUCUCCCUUUUCUUCGCGCUCUGAUGUGUACCAUCGUAGUAGCUUGAGCAAGAGACGCGAAAAAAAGUCAUGGCUACGAGUCGCUCGAGUUCAUCAACGAAUAAAUGGUAUUCGAGCACUCGGCAAGGCAAGCAUUCGCGUUCUCGCUCAUUCAUUCGACUUUUUAAAGCACUCUACACAAUCGAAAAGCGAUAAAGCACGCCUGUGGCCGCUGCAUGAUACCAUCAGCUCGACGUGCGUGGGCGUCUCGUGCUACAGCGAUUUGUCCAUUGCGGUACAUUAAAAGUGGGUGUGAGUUCUACA